GGCAGUCAAAAUGAGUGACAAUACUACUUUGGCUCCUCCAGCGGCAAGCCAAGCUCCUGCCACCCCACGCAAAGGGCCUCCCAAGUUCAAGCAGAGACAGACUCGCCAAUUCAAGAGCAAACCUCCUAAAAAGGGUGUGAAAGGGUUUGGAGAUGACAUUCCAGGCAUGGAGGGACUAGGAACAGAUAUCACGGUGAUUUGUCCUUGGGAGGCGUUCAGCCACCUAGAACUGCAUGAGCUUGCCCAGUUCGGGAUUAUCUAAAGCACCAGAGGUUCUGCCAACGCUCAACAAUAUCUGCUGUAAAAUUGACUGCUUUUGCUCUAUUGUUCUGACAGAGGCUUAAAAUUCAGUAUUUAGAAGGAGUUUCUUGGGCUUCUGUGGUCAUUUUCCAUCAGUUACCAAGAGUUCUCUUGGUGUCAGAAUCUCUCUUGCAGCCCAUAGCUCAGCUAGGAGUGUGAUUGAAAACCUACUUUUGUUGGGUCAUUUUAAACUUACCACCCUUUCUAUCAACUGAUUAGAAGUCAUCAAUACUUCUGUACAUUUUGUUUUAUGUGUAAGUUUCUCAAAUCUAAUUUGCUUGGCAUUCAUUGUAAUUAGUAGUAGAAUUUUAAGAUAGCAUGUCAUUCUUCGCCCCUUCUUAUUUAAGAAAGGAGACAUUUACCUUGAAUCUUAUGGUGAAAUUGUACUAAAUACUGCAUACAAAUACUUGAUGACCUGUUCUGAGAACCAAUUAAACAAAGAAGGCACAGUCAUGUGGAAAUAGGUACAUGGUGCUUGUGAAAGAGCACAAGAUUAAGAUUCAAGUCAUAGUUCUGCUUUGUCAAUUUCACUUUCUUGGUCUAUAUUUUAUUGAAUUAGGCUAUCCUGAGGUCCCAUGUAGCUGUGAAUUGUAUAAUUCUACGAUAGUUGAAGACUGGACACUUAAACUCACAACUCUGACAACAUGAGUCUACUUUUUAGUGCUCUGUUUCGGGAAAGUUCCUAUUUGUAGCCUCCCUUUGGUGGAAUUAUUCUGUCCAAUGGCUUAAGGUGAGAGUCACAGCUUAUUUGUAUAUUCAUCGGCUGGAUUUCUGUACAUUUAUAAUAAAUCACUUUUAAACCAUUCGUUUAAAAGCUUUAUGUGCUAUAGACGCAAAGUACAGAUAGUUGAACCCUCCAAAUAAAAUGAAGAUUUGCUUCACCUCUAA